CUCUCUCGGCGCAUGCGCAGGUUGUUAGGCUCGGUCGCAGCAGCGAGAUCCUGCUUGCCCGGCUCGCCAUGGCCAAGACCUACGAUUACCUCUUCAAGCUGCUGCUGAUCGGGGACAGCGGCGUGGGGAAAACCUGUCUCCUCUUCCGCUUCUCGGAGGACGCCUUUAACACAACUUUCAUCUCCACCAUAGGAAUUGAUUUCAAAAUACGAACAGUAGAACUCGAUGGGAAGAAAAUAAAGCUACAGAUAUGGGACACAGCAGGUCAAGAAAGAUUCCGUACCAUCACAACAGCAUAUUACAGAGGAGCUAUGGGAAUAAUGUUGGUGUAUGACAUCACAAAUGAAAAGUCUUUCGACAAUAUAAAGAACUGGAUAAGAAAUAUUGAAGAGCAUGCAUCUUCAGAUGUGGAAAGGAUGAUACUGGGAAACAAGUGUGAUAUGAAUGAGAAAAGGCAGGUGUCAAAAGAACGAGGAGAGAAGUUAGCGAUAGAUUAUGGGAUUAAGUUCCUGGAGACCAGUGCAAAAUCCAGCAUAAAUGUUGAAGAGGCAUUUAUUACCCUUGCACGAGAUAUCAUGACAAAGCUCAACAGGAAAAUGAAUGAAAACAGCCCUCCAGGAAGCAGUGGGCAAGUUAAAAUCACCACAAAGAACCAGUCAAAGAAAAGCAGCUUCUUUCGAUGUACGCUGCUUUGACGGACUUAGAACGACAGACUCUGCAGCAACCUUUUUUGCUUCUCUGAAAGCAGUGUUGAUCAGCCUCCGAAAUAAAUUCCACCUUCUGCUGCUGAGAGCUCGCUGUUUGCAGAUGACCCAUUGGUCUUGCUGAGUGGGCUGUGCAGGUACACACUCGUGUGUUCCUUCCUCCCCCCCACCACCAACCACCCCCCACCCCCUGCCCUUCACCUCUCCCCCCACCUCCCCUCCCCCAACCCAUAUUCAUCAUGACAAUGAUGAAAAUGGAAAUUGCCGAAUUGGAGAUGCGGGAAUAAUUUGUGUAGACUUUAACCUGAACUGCCUGUUGCAAAAGCUGUUGUCUGUGUCUGGAACCAUCGUAAGUUACGUAUGCCAGAAGUUAGCCCCCUGCUGCCACUCCAGAAAAAUUUGUUGGCCAGUCAUAUCCUCUCCUAACACUCCCACGCCAAAAUUACUUCCAUUUUUGAUCUCUUUUCCCUCUUCACCUUUUCCCACCCUGUCCUUCACCAAAGACAAAUGGAUUUGUAUCUCAUGCUAUCAUUUUGUAUCUCAUUUCAUUUUGGGUAACAGAGUUUGGCAAAACUAGAUUAACAUGAGCAGAAAAUGGAUAUUAUAAGUAAGAAUACAUGCAGUCCUGGACUGGUGGAGCUUCUCUGGACAGUUUUUUUACUUUGUCAAGUGCUCUGAAGUAAAAGUUGGUUAGCUGACUGCUGACUUUAUCUUUUUAGUGAAACUUUCCUUUUGUGAUUGGUUGUGCCACCAACCCUAGAAACAGUUAACUGUUCCCUGCCAAUAGCAGAAGUGCCACAGUGGGAAUCAGUCAGUGCCCCUUGAUCAAUAUGGGGAACAUCAGCCAAGAUUUCUCUGAUCUACUUUCUCUCCUCCUCCUGCACUGCCACCUUCCCCACAACACCUCAACUGAAUUUGUGUCAUGAGGUGGGUCAAAGACAGGUUAAGGCUCAGUCUGAUGCUCCCUGUGGUUAAAUAGCCUGUCUAGGGCUCACAUUUACAAUGUCUACUUUGGUGAUGUACCCCAGGAUGCUCAUCGGCUGAUAUCUCAGCAAGGAGUCCAUACCUUCCUUGUGAGGCAGAGCAAUGGAAUUGAGAACAGAAAACACACAAAUUAUGUGACAAUAAAUUUUAGGGAGAGGAAAUGGGGUGUGGGUGCUAAAGAAGGAAGAUCAUUUGAAGGACAGCAACAUGAGUAUAUACGAUGUGUGACUGGUUUUGAAUAUUGAUUGAAUGCAAGCUCUCACUGGUUAUCUUAGACUGACUCUGAUUACUGUCUGCACCACUCUCUUUGGAACUCCGCUUAAGUGACUGCACCAUUUCUGUUCUGUUCCUCUUGAGCAGCCUCUCCUCAGCCCUCUGAGGACUUUUGAAAUCUCACCCUCCCACUGGUAUGCAUACGUACUUCAUUGACAACCCCUCUGUAUUUAGCGCUUUUACUUUUUACUGCCUCUUGCUACCAACACUAACUGCCUUUGUCUCUUCUAAUGCAUUGUAAUCUGCAUAAUCAGGUUCAAGUGGCUUUCUCUUACAGCACCAAGGUCUGUGUGCACAAACUGCUGGAACGUUAAGAGUGAUGACUGCUUCUUUCAAACCAUAGCAUUGCGCAUUGUGUGGUGGUAGCAGAGUAUUUGUGGCAUGCUUUUUACAUUUGUCAAACUGCAGUAGCAUGUUCUGGAUUGUCUACAGGUUCAAGUGUGGUUAACAACAUUAAACUAAUUUCUUUAUUUAAUUUUUUUAAAAAAGUAAACAAACUGGCUAUUGUCAAGAGCACAUGUGAAAUUUCAGUUGAGUCUCAGGUGUUUUAGAAGCUGUAACUUCAUUUGAUAAGUGACUGUUUACUGGGAAUUGCUUUGCUGUAGGAAUGUGUACACACAUAUAUGCCCGACUCCAAGUACAACUUUCUCCAGCCUCUAAGGAUUAAAUCAGAUGUGCUUCUUGGUCCAGCAGUAUGCUGGAGUAAAUGCUCUGAUGUAUAAAAUGUUUGCUAUUUUCUUAAACGUAGCUAUGCUAAAUUGUAAAUACAUCGCAGAAGGUCGUAGGAAGUUCACUUUCCACAUGGCAAGAGUGAGGUUUCUAAAAGAAACGAUUUGCAUUGGUAAUAAAUGCUUUCUUAUUGUGAACUUAUUCACAACACUGUAACAGUAAGACUGCAAAACUGGGGGUUGGCUUGCAGUAAAGAUACGAAUUAUCUGUGGAUUUUACCGAAGUAACUUUAUUUCAUAAAAUGAUCAUUGUGUAUGGUUUACAAGAGACUCGACUAUAGAAGAAAAUGCAUAUUUGCAGCAGUAUUACUGUUUCCAGGGCUGCACUUUAUUAUCGUUAAUUCUUAAUAAACUACUUCAGUGUUUAUUUUUAAUCUUGGUCCUGUGGAAUGCAGAGUGUGGCAUCAAGUGAGUUUGCGGUAAUUCAGCACAUGUAAUUUGUGCCCAUGAUGGUAUCAUGUUGCAUAAAGCCUGUUCACUCCACUUCUAGAUAGAAAUAACAAUAUGCUGUUUUUCUAUGGCCUUACAGAUAGUCUGCCGAAGACACUUAACAGGGACCAUCAUUAUUUUAAUGCAUUGUAUUACAUUAAGAUAAAUCGCAACACACUCCCUUCCUCCUUUCUUGCCCCCUUAAGAAGAACCGCUUUAGAAAUUUUAAAUGUUUUUUUAAACUUUUAAGCAUCUCUAAGCGUAUUUGCAAGUCCCUGCCAGUAUUGUAAGUUCUUGCAGCUAAAUGAAUGGGAUGAGUUCCUAUGACAAGUGUUUUAACAUUUGAAUCGGAUUAAUUCACAUGUACUGAUGUUCUGUUAAGUAAACUUGAUGGGUUUUAUUAUUCCGUGUGGACUUUUUUUAUAAUGAGUCUGAAAUAAAGAUUAAAUGGCAAAAUGA